AUGUUCAUUAUAUGUUUUCUCUCCUUAUUUUUAGCAAAUGGUCUAAAAGAAGUGGAAAUCGAGAAAUGUCGGCGAGAUAUAAAAGAAAUAAAGAGGGAAUUAUUUUCAUCAGAAAAGAAAGUCAUUGAUUACAAUCGAAUUAGUUCAUUGAGUGACGAGAAGAAAAUCAGCCUUAAGCGAAACAUCCCCACCUAUCCAAAGUACACGUUGUCACAAGAAACGAUUGAUUAUUUAAAGCAGCCGACCUUUGACAUUUGGUACUGGGAACCUAAUGAGAUGCUCAGUUUGCUAGAGCACAUGUACCACGAAAUAGGCCUCGUAGACGAGUUUAAUAUCAACCCGAUCACACUAAAGCGAUGGCUGCUGUGUGUCCAGGAGAAUUACCGGAACAAUCCAUUCCAUAAUUUCCGCCAUUGUUUUUGUGUGGCGCAGAUGAUGUACGGAAUGAUACAUCUUUGCGAAUUAAUAAAAUUCAUGCCAGUAGAGGAUUUAGGGAUUCUACUUACAGCUGCAGUUUGUCAUGAUCUCGAUCACCCAGGAUACAAUAAUACAUACCAAAUAAACGCCCGCACAGUACUAGCAAUAAGGUAUAAUGACAUAUCUCCUUUAGAGAAUCACCACUGUGCUGUAGCAUUUCAAAUUCUUUCCAACCCCGAAUGCAAUAUAUUUUCUAACUGUGACCAAGAAAAAUUCAAACGUAUACGAGCGGGUAUGACUAUGUUAAUACUAGCCACAGAUAUGGCGAGACAUACUGAAAUCAUGGAUAAGUUCAACAGUGUACUUCCUGUCUUUGAUUUCAAGAACAAAGAACACGUGGACACCUUAAAAAUGGUCCUGAUCAAAUGCUGCGAUAUUUCGAACGAAGUUCGUCCGAUGGAGGUGUCCGAGCCGUGGGUCGAUUGCCUUCUGGAAGAGUAUUUCAACCAAGCGGACCGAGAAAAGCUGGAAGGCCUUCCAGUGGCUCCAUUUAUGGACCGAGAAAAAGUAACAAAACCCUCAGCGCAGAUAGGAUUUAUAAAAUUCGUUUUACUGCCCAUGUUUGAAAAUGUCGCAAAACUCUUCCCCAAGAUAGAAUCCAACAUGGUUGUCCAGUUACAAGGAGCCUUGGAAAGAUACAAAGAAAUGAAAAUCCAUGAAGACGCAAUGAAAUCAAAUCAGACGAUACUAAAAUCAUAG